AUGUGGAAGGACUCAAAUCACGAUGACGCCGGAGCCACAGCCUCCAGCGGCGCCUCCAGCGGCGGCUCCUCCACGGGCGGCUCCUCGUCUCGCAGCGCCAGUCGCAGGAAGAGGACCAGCUUCUCCAAAGAGCACGUGGAGCUCCUGCGAGUCACUUUUGAGACCGACCCAUAUCCCGGCAUCAGCCUCAGAGAGAGCUUGUCUCAGACCACGGGCCUUCCGGAGUCCCGCAUCCAGGUGUGGUUUCAGAACAGGAGAGCCCGAACGCUAAAGUGCAAAGGGGCCAAGAAAGCCCUGUGGCAGUCUGACAGUCCAAUCCAAAAUAGUCCAGCUCCAUCUCAGAGUGGCCAAGUCUCGAUGGGGCGACAGGCCCCCGCGCCAUCCUACCCUACUCGGGUGAAGGAAGAGAUGGACCAAUCGUGCUUUUAUGGACAGUGUCCUCCAAUGUACCCCGAUGUUAUUGAGGAGUAUCAACAUGACCCUAUGCACGGUCUUCAUCAGAGCACACCGCUAGGCAACGGCUCCAGCCCGCACCUGAGAAGCUACUGGUCCCAGGCCAGCACCCUAAUGGAGCCCAUGACCCCACUAUGGUCUCCAGCGGAGGGGCGCAGCUACAAUUUAAGCGCCGUCGCUUUUAUGCGCCCAGAACAAAGCAACUACUCGGCCCGUGCCGGCUCUCAAUCCGUCAGCCCCGAUACCCCUGACUCGGGUUACUGGGAUGCCAACCUUGACAAAAGCCCCUCAGGGGAGAGUCACUACUCACAGCUGGAAAACUCGUGGAGUGCUGGAGAGGGUUGCAGAGGGUCUGGAGUUCCGACAGGGAACCAGCACGCUCCCUUGCCGGAGUUGUCCCUGCAGGAGAUCCUCGGGGAGCUGAACGAGGACUGGCUGGGGGGAGAAGGAUUGGACAGGCACGGUACUCAUGAGAAAAUGACUCUGUGUUGAUCAUACUAAGUGAAUAUUUCGCAGGAAUCACAAAUCAUAUGGAAUCUUUCCUUUUUUUCUGUUGUGUGUUGCUUCCGAGGCAUGUAUAUAGAAAAAAAUCAGAUCCUUAGUGUUACACAUGGUCACAUUGCAUGUUAACACUAUUGUAUUUAUUGAUUCAGCCUCUAUUUAUGACCUAUAUUUAUGUUUUUCUGCACUUUUAUAUGAAUAAAUCAUUUAAGGUAA